AUGUUGCUGCAUUUUUCGUGUUAAACGAUUAAUCGAUUCUUUUGUGCGCGUAUCAAUCUCUGAUUAUUUAAAUCAGAUUAUUUAAAUCCAUUUAAAAUCAUUAUUAGAACGAAAAGGAGAGGAGAGGAAAAAAGUGUAAAGAAUACGGCUGAAACAAACAGAUAUAUAUUUCGAGAAAAAUAUAGUCAUACGUCAUACGUCAAACAGAAUCGCGCUCGCAAUCACGUGUUCUCGAUAAUAAAUAACAAAGUGUAAAAGCGCGCAGUUUUCACGAACAGUUGUCAGAUUAGAUCGCGUUAUUUAAAUUUGAAAUUUCCAAGCGUGUGCUUCUCGUAUCUUGCUGUAAUAUCGGAGGAUAUUUUGAGGAAAGAACGAGUCGUCGUGUAUCAUUGUUUGAUCAUCGAAAUUGUCAUCGAAUUUCUCAAGAUGGGAAAAUCAAAGUUGAAGAAGAAACUAAAGCAAGAAGGUGAAUCGGCAGAAAAAUCGACAAGUACGAAAGUGCCAAUAGAAAAUUUACCACAAAAAUUUCUCUGGAUGCAUGUGAAGAGCGGCACAAAAAUCAGAAAUGUUCUUGACUAUGCAUUGAAGGAAUUCCCCAAUUAUAAUAGCAUUGUUUGGACUGGAAUUGGACAGGGUAUUGCGAAAGCCAUUUCUUGCGCGGAACUUUUCAAGAGGAAGCAUGAAAGCCUCCACCAAGUCACAAAAUUAUGUUAUAUGGAACCGGAAAAUCCGAAAGAGGACAUAACUACUGAGACUCAUCAAAUACCAGAAGUACACAUCUUGUUGACUAAGUAUAUUAAGGACACAACUGAGCUCGGAUAUCAAGCGCCCGACGAUUGUGGAGAAUUUCCGGAGAAGAAAGAAGAAUCAAAAUCAAUGAAAAACGUUGACAAUAUGCUUUGCAGUGAUACCGAAUUAAUGAUAAAAAAACCACACAUCGGGCAGAAAAGGAACAAUGAAAUUAAUAAUGCGAAAUUACCCUCGAAAAAAUAUAAAAAAAGUAUAUCUUAACAUUUAUAAUAACAU